AGGGCGUCACCAGGGGAGGUUUCUAUGUCCCUCUCACCAGUCUCUCCGUCACCUCUGAUGUCCUCAGGUGACGGAGCUCUCCUCCUGCUGCACGCCGUCAUGGACGUCGACGUCUCCUCCCCCGAGGACGUCCUCCUGCGGAGCCCCUGGCUUCCCAUCAGCCUCGGCGGGUGCCGGCUCCUGGCCAAGAGCUGGUUCGGUGAGACGGCGUACCGCGUCCUGCUGACCGACCUGCACUGCGUGUGGGAGGAGAGGAUGGACGCGGCGGACGUCCAGAGCCGGGCGCAGGAGCUGAACCGGCGCCUGCGAGCGUCGGCCGAGGCGUUCUUCUCCCACCUGCGUGAGGCGGCGCGGCCCUGCCUGUCGGGCGGCGGCGGGGAGGCGCAGGUCUCUCUGACGCGGCGGGACGACGGCCGCCUGGCCGUGAGGCUGAAGAGCGAGCUGGGCGGGCUGCCCUUCCACUGGGAGUUCCGGCUGAGCCCCGCCCCCGUCGCCACGGCCUGCGAGCAGCUGGUGCGCCCCCUGCUGGCCAUGAGCCGCCUGCUGCAGCAGCAGCUGGAGCAGCUGGGGGGGAUGCUGGCCAGGAAGGACGCCGAGAUCCAGGACUACCGCGAGAACGGAGCCUCGCUGACCCGAGAACGCCUGAAGACGGAUGUUUUCCUGGAGAAGACGUACAGGGAGGACUUCAUGGCAAAGGCUUUGCCCGGGCUGCAGCCGGAACGCUGCGACGCGCUGGGCUUUGAUGCUCCGCUGCAGCAGCUGUACGCCGCCGUCGUUGCCCCCCGGAAACGCAGACGGGAGGAGGAGCAGCGGGUCGCAGAACCAGACGACACCGCAGCCACAGAUGACCGAUCUGAGAGCGAGCCAGCGGAUCAGGACGGAGACCCGACCCCCAACGGCCCGGAAACCCGGGACGGACCCGCGACACAGCAGGUACCAGAAUCCCGUCUCACUUGUUGUUGAGGUCCAACUGAAGCUUUGUUGGUUUGAUCAGGCGUGUCUGUCCUCCGCAGCGCCCGUCCGUCACGCCGGCCCCGCCCCCCUCGCCGCAGAGACCCGCCUCCAAACCCAAGAAGAAGAAAGUGGGACUUUUCAGAUGAUCCGGUCCAACAGAACUCCCCGUUUUAAACCAAAGCUUUUAUUCUGAAGGGUUGAUUUGACUGGACUUUCAGCUUUUAUU